GGUAAACAGAGUGUAUUUGAUUUUCUGCUUCUAUUAACAAUUUUAAUUUAAAAUGGAUGAUUCACCUGAACAGAGGCCAAAACGACAAAAAAGGGAUACUUCUUACAAGUCAAAAGCUUUUGAAAAGUUUAAGCAAUUGAAAAGCGGUAACAGAAAUAAAUAUGAGAUUGAAGAAUUGGAAAAUGUGUACGAAACGGUUGAUGAAAGAGAAUAUACCAAAGAAGUCUUGAAUAGGUUGGAUGAUGACUGGAUUGUUGAUGAUGAUGGAAGUGGAUAUGUGGAAGAUGGCAGAGACAUUUUUGAUGAUGAUUUGGAUGCUGAAUCAAUAUCCCAGGCUCAAAAGGGCAAAGGUACCAAAAGGAAGAAGAAGGCUGUGUCUGAAAAUGCUGGCCGUGGUAGUUUACAAAUGAUGAUGUCCAAUAUUAAGCCAAAGAAAAAAGAGGAGGUCAAAAUUGAUGAUGAUGCCAUGUUAUCAGAACUUUUAGGUGAAAUCAAUGAAACCCCAUCAACAAGUUCAGCAAAAUCAACUACAGAUUCACAAAGUUUCAAGUUAUCAUCCAGAAAACAAGCAGCUAAUGAAUACAUGAAAACAUUUUCCUCAUUUAAACCACCACCCUCUAUUAAAGUAAAGGCUUCCAGACCAACAUCUAAUGUAAGUAAGUUUGUGCUGAAAGAAAAACAUGAGAAUGAUGAAGCACCACCAGCCAAGCCUGUGGAGAAAGCUCCUGUCAUAGAAGAAAAACCCAAACCAGUUGAGGUAAAGCCAAUUGAAACACCCAAACCCAAACCAAUUGAAGUUGCUGAGGAUUCAUGUGUGUCUGAAGAUGUAACCUUUGAUGAUUUCUCCCAAGAUGAUUUUGAUGAUUCUGACUUUACUGCAAUUGAAGAGUUUGAAUCUGAGAAAACAGUUGUCCAGGAGGAACCAGAGGAGGUUUCAAUGGUUGAUAUGCAAGAGGAGUUCAUGAGUGAAUGGAUGAAUUCACAGGAGUCUGUUAAUAAUACUGUAGAAGAGACCAAAAUUGAUUUGAGCACUGCUGAUAUACCACUUAUUAAUGUGGAUGGUGAAAAAGUGUUUAGAUUUUACUGGUGGGAUGCAUUUGAAGAUCCAAAUAGACAGAAGGGAACUGUGUAUCUCUUUGGUAAAACUUACAGUGAAAAGGCAAAGAAUUUUGUAAGCUGUUGUGUUGCUGUUAGAGACAUAGACAGGAGAUUAUUUGUGUUACCUAAAGCUCAGGAAAAUGAAACAAAUUCAAAAAUGAACUUAUACACAGAAUUCAACAACUCUGUGGUAAAGCCACUUCAAAUCUCUAAAUUCAGGAGUAGAUUUGUCACCAAAAAGUAUCCCUUUAAUCCAGAAAUUCCUUUAGAAUCUGAAUACAUGGAAGUCAGAUAUCCUUGUGGUGAUGCGGAUAUUAACUUUGACAGCAUUCGCCCACCGCCAAAGACUUUCUCCAAAAUAUUCGGCCUGAACACCAGCUACUUAGAAAUCUUGUUAUUGGAACGUAAAAUCAAAGGACCGUGUUGGCUGGACAUCAAGAACCCGAACCCUGUCUCAAACCCGGUGACGUGGUGUCAGUUCGAGGUGAAUACGAAGAUCGUCGACGUCGGUUUGUCGCAAAGCCUUAAGCCGAUCCCUCCACCACCGUUAGUCGUCUCAGCCAUCAACAUGCGGUCCGUCAUUAAUCCGAAAACGAUGCAAAACGAAAUCGUAAUGAUUUCAUGUCUGACCCACACGAAAUACGCGGUCGAUAAACAAGCUCCAAAGCCUCCAUUUCAGCAGCAUUUCUGCGUUUUUACUUGUCCAAAAAGCCAGAUAAUGCCCUUGGAUAUACACAACGCAUUGAAGAAUUACAAAGCUACUAAAGUGCAGAAGAUGGACUCGGAAAAAGCUUUGCUCAACUAUUUCAUAAAUCAGUUUUCUAGAAUCGACCCCGAUUUAAUUGUAGGCCACGACUUACAAGGCUACCAGAUCAACGUAAUAUGCGAAAGGCUGAGAACUUUGGGCAACACCAACUCAGACAAGAUGAGUAAAGUUAAAAGAGCUCAAAAACUGACAGAAAGGUUGCUAUUUGUUGGACGCCUCGUCUGUGACAUAAAAAUAUCAGCUAAAGAACUAAUCAAAUCACGCUCCUACGACUUGGACACCCUCUGCUCAAGCGUCUUAAAAAUAAAAGAGGGCCUAAGAAUCGAAUUGGAACCAGAGGACAUUCCGAAAAUGUACCUAAACUCCAGCGACAUUUUAAAACUUAUUUCUUUCACCAUGCAAGACACUGCUUAUAUUCUACAAAUAUUGUACGACCUGAACGUCAUUCCUUUGGCCCUUCAAAUCACUAACAUUGCAGGCAAUGUCAUGUCGAAAACGUUGCUGGGCGGCAGGUCGGAACGUAACGAGUUCUUGUUACUGCACGCCUUUUCGGAAAAAGACUUCAUCGUGCCGGACAAGCAGUACACGAAGAGGGAGGAGAAGUCCACCGCCGCCAGGAAGAAGCCUACUUACUCCGGCGGUUUGGUUUUGGACCCGAAAGUAGGGUUUUACGACCAACUGAUCCUGCUCAUGGACUUUAAUUCGCUGUAUCCCAGUAUUAUACAAGAGUACAAUAUUUGCUUCACCACAAUGCCCCCCAUGUUGGAUGAAGAGAACAUGGUGUUGCCUGACAGGAGCUUGCCACCAGGCAUUUUGCCCACGGAGAUUCGUAAACUUGUCGAGAGCAGACGGGAGGUGAAAAAAUUGAUGAACAAUCCUGAUCUUUCUGCUGAUAUUAAAAUGCAGUACCACAUCAGACAAAUGGCGUUGAAGUUAACAGCCAACAGUAUGUAUGGUUGUUUGGGCUUCUCCAACUCCCGAUUUUAUGCCAAAAGCCUGGCUGCUUUGGUCACAUACAAGGGCAGAGAAAUUUUAACAAACACUCGAGAUUUGGUACAGAAAAUGUGCUUUGAGGUCGUCUAUGGUGAUACAGACAGUAUUAUGAUCAACACCAACUGCCUUGAUUAUGAUCAAGUGAUGAAAAUUGGCGUGAAAAUCAAACAGGAAGUCAACAAGCUUUACAAACAAGUAGAGCUGGACAUUGAUGGAGUUUUCAAGUACUUGUUGCUGCUUAAGAAGAAAAAGUAUGCUGCUGUAACACUGACUAAAACCAAAGCAGGUCAACUGAAAGCUGAUAAGGAGUACAAGGGUUUGGAUAUUGUAAGACGUGAUUGGUCGCAGUUGGCUUCAGAAGCUGGAAAGUUCGUACUGGAACACAUUUUAAGCGACCAAAGCGCCGACGACAGAAUUAAUAACAUCCACGCCUACUUGGCUAAAGUUAAAGACGAUCUGGAACAAGGCAAAGUCCCCAUUCCCCUCAUGGUGAUAACCAAACAGUUAACCAAGGAUCCCAGAAUGUACACGGACAAAAAUUCGCUUCCCCACGUCCAGGUAGCUCUCAGAUACAACCAGAAAUCAGGAGGUCACUUCAGAGCUGGCGACACAGUGCCUUACGUAAUCUGCGAUGAUGGUAGUGGUAAGCAGGCAACUCAAAGAGCUUACCAUGUGGAUGAGUUGAAGAAUUCAGACACAUUAAAAAUCGACACUCAGUACUAUCUAUCGCAACAGAUACAUCCGGUGGUCUCGCGUAUUUGCGAACCAAUUGAGGGCACUGAUGCGUACCAAAUCGCCGAAUGCCUAGGUCUGGAUACUUCGUCCUUCAAGAGACCCACUGUUAAGUCGGACGUUCAGGGUGAGAACCUGACCAAACCCGAGGUGAAGUUCAGAAACGUGGACAAGUUCAAGUUUGUUUGUUUCGACUGUAAGCAAGAAAACGUCAUAGACGGACCUUUGGUCGGGAAUGUGCCGUUUUUGGAGAAGUGUGCUAACAACGAGUGUGGCGUAAGACCCAUUCAGUACCUGCCAUAUAUUCAAAACCAGCUUAGCUUAAGCGCCAACUCAUACAUCCGGAAAUAUUAUGCUAAUGAGUUGACGUGCGAAGAUCCGGCUUGCACUAACGACACUAGGAGGAUGCCGCUAAGAUUUGCUGCAAAGUACCCCAUUUGUACUCUAUGUAAAAGUGGAGUCAUGUAUAGAAAAUACUCGGAGUACAAUCUCUAUUCUCAACUCACUUAUUUCCAGCACAUAUUUGAUCUUACAAAAUUAAAUAAAAAGCCCCUCAUGGAGCAAAAAGUUGAAUCUGGUUACCAUGCACUGCGUGAAACUGUAGAAAGAUAUAUAAAUAAGUCUGGAUAUUCAGUUGUUAAUCUAACUGAAUUAUUCUCAGGAAUAUUCAAGACAAAAAAGAACGAAUCAAACGAAAUCAAGAGUGCUCACACAACAACAUUUGUAGCAUUAGAGGAACAAGAUGAAGAGGAAGAUGAGGAUAUGUAAUUUCACCAUUUGUUUCUUAUAUGUUUUAUAUUUAUAGUACAUUGUUAAUUUUAAUUUUUAAUUUUACAAAUUAUACUGUACAUUACACAUA